AUCACAUUCAGUCUACUAUAUCUCUACGUGCAGCUGAACACAUGGUACAUUCAUGGGGCAUUGAUUAACAUGAACAGUUUAUCCUUUUAUCUCUAUCUAUCUAAAAACCAAUUCAUUAUGAAAACUUUCAUGUUUCUAUACCACCGUGUAGGACUAACAGAGGACGACUGGCAGUACUCAUACUAUGUGCUUAGAAAUAUCACGUUCUAUGCGACAAAAUUACAUUGUUCAAGGAUACAAAAGAGUUACGACGAUUUUCUUAAAGGGAUGGGUUUCACGUAUCUUAGAAGACAAAGAGACGAGGAGAUUUUCCUGAACGGUCGCUACAAAGAGGUGAUCGCCUACGAAGGUGAAUUGCCGGAAAAUGUAACCAUAAAAGGGCAUCAUCCAAAUUUAAUAAGAGGAUACUCAUCUGAGCAAAAAAACGCUACAUAUGGAUGGGAACUAUACUUCGAACGCUCAUUGAAUUUCUCGCUGUACAAAAAAGAGUACUGGUAUCCUGAGAUGCAAUCAUUGUCACCUGACUGGGAUAUCUUCAGCGACAUUCCAGUUUCGUGCCUUCACUCACAGAUGAUAGACCACUUAUGA